AUGGGAAAUUGCCUGUCCUUUCAGAUAUCCUGUGACCAAACGUUAAAUCACGUCUGUGGCUGCUUAUGUGGAGAUGGAAACUACAUCAAGAAGCUCACGCAAAACCUUGACGAACUUGAGGAUGCUCUAGAAGAACUUGUUGCUACGCGAGUAGAUUUGUCAACAUCAGUCAGGAUAGAAGAACGUAACGGCUUGCAACGGCUUGCAAAAGUCCAACUAUGGCUCUCAAAUGCUGAAGCCAUCGAGUAUGAAGCCCGUGGCUUAAUCCCUUCUCGUACCACUGAAACUGAGAGGUUGUUUCCUGUGCCGGUAGAUCAAAGACCUAUCAAGCCAACAGUUGGCCUCGAUAGAAUGCUUGAUGAUACCUGGAAUCUCUUCAUGAAAGAAAAUGUAGGAACUCUGGGGAUUUAUGUGUCUAGAAACGGACGAGUUGCAAAAAUUCAGGAAGAAAUUGGGAAACGUUUAUCCAUACAUAACGAGAGAUGGGUUCAGAGCGAAGAAGAGGAGAAAGCCUCUGACAUACACAAAAUUCUAAAGAAACAGAAAUUUGUGUUGUUACUGGAUGAUAUAUGGAGUGAAGUAGAUCUACAAAAGAUAGGAGUUCCAUAUCCGAACGAAGAAAAUUAUUGCAAGAUAGCAUUCACAGCUCGUUCAGUGGAGGUGAGGGGGUGCAUGAUGAGGGCCAAUGCUGAGAUGCAUGUCCCAUGCUUAGAACCUGAUGAUGCUUGGGAUCUGUUUCAAAAACAAGUUGGGGAUAUCACAUUAAACUUUCAUGAAGAUAUUCCUCAACUCGCUAGAAAGAUGGCUACUAAAUGUCAGGUCUUGCCACUUGCACUAACCGUCAUUGGUGGGGCAAUGUCAUGCAAAAGGACGGUACACGAGUGGCAAAUUGCAAUGAAUUCUUCCUAUAUUAAGAUUUAG